AACUGCACCAGUCACCCAUAGAGGUAACCACAUGGUGAAGCGAUCGGUGAUUUCAACGACUGUUCGAUUUUGUGUGGAAUUUUUUAAGAAAAGUUAUAAGUAAUGUGUGUGACAGUGCGAUAUUUUCUUGUGCUUUUUAAUACCUAUUUCUAAUAUUUAGUUGUUAUAUUGAAUAAAAUGAUGACGAAAUGGUUGUGGCUAAUAUUAAUAUUAACAGUUGUACAUCACUCCACCUCGUUAGAAUUAAAAAGUUACAUCUCAUCCCAAGGUCUACACGGUACUAUAACAUUUACAAAAGUCAAUGGAGAAAUUCUAAUUAGUACUGAUCUAAAAGCAACUUUAGAAUAUCCCAACCAAAUAUGGUCGUGGUACGUCACGGAAUUUCCGGUGGAUUACUCGAAAAUAGAAAACAGAUGUGAAAAUUUAGGAAAAAAAAUUAUCAGUCUACAAGAUACUUUCGGUUAUUUGUUUAUACCUGACAACCAAACUGCUCAAUAUGUUACAGAAAAUUUAAGUAUAAACGGUAAUUUGGGUCUAUACGGGAAAGGUCUUUUAUUUAAAAAUGAAGAUACUAAUCAAAUCAUUUGUGCCUCGAUUACCAUGGUGGAUAAAACCAAAGAAAAAACUGCUGUUGCUAGAUUUAAUAGUCCCUUCGCUGGUAAUGUAUAUUUCAGAUGGUUUUCUACCAAAGAUAAUCACAGUGACAUGCUGAUAACUACAGAUUUGUACCACAUUCGAAAUAAAGAAAACAUCAGUAGAUCUCUGAAAUCCACCGAACAUUCAUGGAAAAUAUAUGUAACUGAUAUUCUUGAAUCAGAGGAAACCAGACAUGCAGAUAACUGCAAUAUCCUUCAACUGGUCUUCGAUCCAGACGCAAAAGGUGACGGCAAAGCCAUUGGUGAUGUAGAUGCGAGACUGGGCAAAGUUAAAGUUUCUGCUGACUAUAACAGAUACAAAUUUAAAACUUUGUAUCGAGAUGAAGAGUUAAUUUUGCUUCCUAGUGAUUUAACGGGACCACAAAGAAGACUCUAUUUGGUUCUUUUUGAGACUAAACAUGAAGAUGUGUUUUUGGGUUGUGCUAAAAUUCAAUAUGAUAAUCCUAUUAAUACGAGAGUCAUCAUUCAAUCUGGAGGUAUAAAAGGAGAAAUACGAAUGACUCAGCAUACCAAGUUUGAACCAACGUUUCUUUCUGUAAAUCUAACAACGGCAAGGGGUGAUUUGGAAACCAAAAUUGUAUACAGUUCGACGGUGUCUGGUUAUAAAAUUCAUGAAUUGCCUAUUAAACCUUCUAGAGCUGUAGGACAAAAUGAAAAUUCUUGUUUAACAACAAAUUUUGUGUACAAUCCAUUGAAGAUUAAUUUAAAUAAUGUUCCACCAAACGGAUUCGGUACACAAGAUCAGUAUGCCAUUGGAGAUUUAUCUGGUAAACUUUUGGGAAGGAAUAAUGAAACGAUAUUAGUCAAAGGUGGACAAGAACUUACUGGACCUUACUGGGAUACUUACCUACCAUUGCAAGGAAGACAUUCGAUUGUCCAUAGAUCUUUAGUAAUUUACAAAAAUACUCAAUAUUCAUCAUCAGAGCUAGUUGCAGAACCAUGGAUAUGUGGUGGGAUUACUCUCUACGAAUCAAAUUUUAAAUUUCAAAAGCAAAUUUUUACGGCCCAAGUUAUUUUCCGUUAUCCCACAGUGGGAAGGAUGUUGUUGAGACAAGCCAAAGACGAACCGUGGGCAGAUACGACCGUACUUAUAGAAUAUCUAGUGCAUGCUGAUGGUGCAGCAUUAAAUAAUUCUAAAGAUCAUCGAUGGGCUAUUCACGAUCUACCUCCAGGAAAGGACUUUUACAAUUGGACUGCCAGAUGUCUGAGUGCUGGGGAUGUUUUUAAUCCUUAUAAGGUAGAUUUUGAUAAUCGAACUUCACCCGAUAAAUGUAACAUGGAUAGUAUAGGACUAUGUAGAUUGGGAGAUAUGUCAACGCGUCAAGGCACGUUAGAAAUAUCUGGAAAAAUAGUAGACAGUGAUAAAAUUUCAAGAAAAAUUUGGACAGAUCCAUUGUUACCGCUGAGUGGAUUCCAUAAUAUUUUGGGAAAAUCUUUGGUUCUUUAUGAUGAUCAUGGUCCAGAGGCUAGAGGAGAACGUUUAGCAUGCUCAAUUAUUGGAGGUGUUUACAGAAGAAAAGCAGUAGCUAGAGAUUGGUUUCCAAAUGGAUUUGAACUAACGAUCAAAGGCAAAAUAGAAUUUAUUCAACAAACUGAGUACGACAUUACUGACGUUGAAGUUGGUUUUGAAGGCUUGUCUAAUGUAAUAGAUUAUCAUAUUCAUAUGACUCCAGUAGAAGAAAAUCUGGAAUUCCCUUGUGAGGCUACGUCUCUAUACGGAACAUGGAAUCCCUUAAAUGUUGAUCAUACGUCAUCACCUCGAGCAUAUCACGGCACACCUGAUCAAUAUGAAGCUGGCGAUUUAAGCGGAAAGUUUGGAAAUUUACAAAACCAAACUUUGCAUAAAACCUAUUAUAACGACACUUUAUUGACUUUAUUUGGUCCGAGAAGUAUUUUAGGAAGAUCAAUAGUUAUUUACAAGAAGAAUUUAAGACGAUGGGCUUGCUCAACUAUUGAAAGGGGAUACAGUCCAUCUGAAGCAAGAGAACUUAGGGCUAUUGCAUCAUUCCACAAUCCCAAUGGUUUUGCUUUUGGUUAUAUGAAAAUGAGACAAUUAAUUCACACGGAUGGAAGUGCAAGUGACACCACUAUUGAAGUUAAACUAAGACAUCCUGGCAAAAAUGAUCGAAACGUGACAAGAGAACAUAACUGGGCUAUUUUUGUUAAUCCAGUGGGAGUUGAUGCUACUGUUAAGACUACUGGUACUAGAUGUGUUGCUGGUGGAUAUGUUUGGAACCCAUUUUUUACACAACUAGCCGAUCCCCUAAACGAAGACCUCUACCGUCAAGAGUGUGGACCAGAAAAUCCACUGAGAUGCCACGUGGGAGAUCUUUCGGCUAGGCUCGGAACUAUCGAUAUCGGUCUCAGAAGAAAAGUUUUUACCGAUUCCAAUUUCCCAUUGGAAGGUGAUGUGACUGCUGUCGGGAAAUCUAUAGUAAUAUUAGCUCCCGACAAAAGACCGGAAAGAUUUGCGUGUGCAAAUAUUGAACCGGAUUAUGACAUUAUUAAAUAUGCAAACAUUGAAAAACCUCCCCGAUUCGUUGUUGCACAAUUCAUUGAAGACAUCCGAGAUGUAAUGGGAAUCCCCGAAUGGUUCCUAACAGUUGACAGUAGAAAAACCAGGUCCCUACAUAACGAUGCUUGUAUCCAACUAUUGUUGCACUUUAAGGGUCCGAUAGCUGACAAAUUGGAACAAGAUUUCAACAGGUUACUAUCUAUUGGACGAUUGGAUGCUCCAAGUUUAUUUAUUCCAGGCUUCAUAAAUGAAAAAAGAAAAGUUAAAAUUGCUUAUAGACUUUGUGGAACCAAAGAUCCGAACGAAAAAAGUAAAAAACGAACCAGCCUCUUCUUUAGAUCGCACGCUAACAGGGGAUUUUCGACUGAUACUCAAUUUUUAUUAUUUAUUUCUAUUUUGUUUAUUUGUUUACCAUUUUAAUUUAUAAAAGAAUGUACAUAUAUUCGAUGUAAUAUAUAAUUUUUCAUAAGUUUA